GGCUGCUUCCUCUUCAACUGCACGGCGCGCGGCCGCAGCGUCUGCAAGUUCGCGCCGCAUCGCGGUUACCGCAGCUACCGCCUCCGCCGCACGCCGGACGGCGCACAGGGCGGCCUGGGACCCGGCGCCCCGGUCCCUGCCACCGCGGGGGCCUACGCAGAGCUGGACCAAGAUGCGCCUCCACUCAGCAAGGCUGGACAGGAUGUGAUUUUGCAUCUGCCCACAGACGAAGUGAUUUUGGACGGCCGCGAAAGCUCAGAUGACCACGCCAUCGUCCAGUAUGAGUGGACAUUGCUACAAGGUGACCCAUCAGUGAGCAUGAAGGUGCCUCAACCAGGAACCCUGAAGCUGGCCCACCUGCACGAGGGAACGUACACCUUGCAGCUGACCGUGACGGACACUGCAGGUCAGAGAAGCUCAGACAACGUGUCAGUGACGGUGCACCCCAGGCCCUACCCACCAGGAGGAUGCGUGAAUAUUUGCUCGCGCUACCACUUCUUCUGUGACGAUGGCUGCUGCGUUGACAUCACCCUGACCUGUGACGGAGUGCGGCAGUGUCCUGAUGGGUCUGACGAAGAUUUCUGUCAGAACUUGGCCCUCAACCGAAAGCUGGUGACUCACACCGCUGCCAGUGCUGCCCAGCCGGGCACCGCAGGGCUUGUCGCAGACACUGGGGAAGACUGGAAGUUGGAAAAGUCCCAGAAAACCACGCCCCCCACCCAGCCAGUUACCUUACCAAGCACAGAGACGAGGAAUCACUCUGCCCUGGGGGAAGCAGAGAGUCAAAUCAGUCCUAUGAUGCCAGAUAGCAUUUCCUCAGGGAAGAACAGAAAUGAGGAAAAUUUUACUUUUGAGUCCAAGAGCCAUCGAGGAAGGGGGGAACACCCAGCUCCUGAAGCAGGUGCAGUGCUGCCCCUGGCUCUGGGUUUGGCCAUCACGGCUUUGCUCCUUCUCAUGGUUGCCUGCCGACUACGACUGGUGAAACAGAAACUUAAGAAAGCCCGUCCCAUUACAUCUGAGGAAUCCGACUACCUCAUAAAUGGGAUGUAUCUGUAGCAAAUGUAACUUGCGGCAAGGACAUGUUUUGCUUAUAAUUUAUUCUUACAUUUAAGUUCUGGUAUUUACGACCUUUUAUUUUUAACUGGGCGAAAGAUUCUUCAAAUUGCAAACCUUUGUCUUAGUUAUUGUAGAAAGAUUUUCCUUAGGGAGUAUGUGUAACACCUGGAAAUUUAUGGAGGAAUUCAUGUGAUUAAAGACAUCUACCAAUCUGGUUCUGAUUUACUAGGCUGUCCCUGGAAACAGAAAUUUGUAGUUAGCUGAGAUUUAAAACAAAACAAAAAAAAGUAUGUCAGAAGUUGGCCUCAGGAUGGUGGUGCUUACCCUUGUCUUUGGAGAAGCCAACACUGGCCCCUGGCAGUGCUGGGUCACUUUAGGCUGGCUUCCCCUCAUUCUGUAGCUGUUUUUCUUUCAUCUCCAAUGUUCUUCUGUUCUCUUCCCCUCCAGAACCUGUUUCUGACAGUGGAUCUCAAUGGCAGGUGUAUAUAAAUUGGCAGGUGUAUAUAAAUUACAAGCCUUUUCAACAGGCCAUUGAGGCCUCAGGGGAUAGGAACGUGGGUUCUUUCCGGUGCUUCUGAUACCAUGCGUGUAGUUUGCUGCCUCCUAAAGUUGAUCUUUGGAGAAAAUAAAUGGAUUUUAGGGUAGGAACAGCCCUAAGAUAGUUAUGAAGUGAAAUGGGAAGCAGAGAAUAUGGUGGGCCAAAACUUUCAACAGAAACUUAGCUAAGGGCAAAGUAAGGACAGUUAAUACUCUUGUUAUUGCUGGUCAAAAACCACUCCAUGGUCCAGAGCAAGCAACUCAUUUAUGUAAUCAUCAGUUUUCAACAUUAUUCUUUGUUAAUAAAAAAGGAAAAUGCAAAUUCUACAGCAGAACAUCAGUUGCGUUUCUGCAGCUUUAUAAAAAUGAUACCCUAUUUAAGUAUCAGCAGAUCCUUCAUGCUAAUGGAACCAGUAAGGUUUUUUCCUAAGACAUUUUAAUGCUAUGUUUUAACAGCCAGCCACUAGUACAUAGCUGGUAUCUCAACCCUGUGUGAGGCUGAGGCAAGAGGAACCCAAGUUUGAGUCUCACCUAGGCAACUUAGUGAGACCCUGUCUCAAAAUAAAUAAAAAGGGGUGGGGGUGUAGCUCUGUGGAAAGGCACUGACUUCAACCCCCAGCAUUCACUCCACGAUAAGUUUUAAUGUGCAGUCAUUUAAUGCCAGGCUUAUGUACUAACAGGCAGAGGGCAAUUUUCCACAAAUUCAUCUUUACUGAAAUCUGACACCUAGCUUAGCAUCCUCUCCCUUUUAAAACUGUAGGCAUUUAAAGGCAAAUUAUUCCCAUCAUAGCUUAAAGCCAGAAUGUAUACAUUCUAGAAAUUAUUCAAAGAGGAAUAUAUAGUAUGGUGCCUGUCUAUCCUUACAUGAUGUUCCUAUUUAUACUUUCUUUUUACCUUAAAAGGGCAAAGCUUCUUAAACACUUGAACACUCUAGAGGGUAGUUUAUUUUUAGAUUGAAACUGAAGUAGAUGGUUAAUUUGAGUGUGGGGAUAUAACGUAUCAACAUUGAACCCUAACCCUAAUUGGAAAAUUCUAGAAAACAAAGAAAUUAAGCAUCAUUUUUCCUGAGAAAUUGCAUUUUGUUUUUUAGAAUUGAGCAGUGAUAAAAAAAUUUUUCAAUGGCAGUUUAAGCAAAAUCAAGGGUAUAAAUGAAUUUAAGAUGUUUGUACUCUAUAUGUGAUACUGUGGAGUUUGUUUUUAUAUAGAAGAAUGUCACCUAUAGCCAUACCCAAUAAAAUAAAAACUGAUAAGGCACAUAUCUUUCAGCAUAUCUUUUAUACCUGAAGAAAUUAAACAAAACUUAGUAUUGCUAUGGUGUUGAAAAUACUUGAGAAAAGUUGACCCUUGUGGAUAUAAACAUUCCUUUAAUAAACUGUAUUUUAUUCUUAA